AUGACAUCGCGCGCAAAUCUCUCUACAUUUACGCCUCGUUCCACAUCUACGUCUCCAGCUCUGAUGCAAAGUGCCACCACCACGACUAUUCCCUCAAAAUCCCCCGCGUCAAGGUCAUCUACGGCACCCUCGGCGCGACGCAUCUCUUCGACUUCGCGCUCUUAUGCCCAGGGCGGAUCGGGCUCCGCCAUCUCUCGCUUGGCCAAGAGCGCCCUGUCCCCCGGUAGCUCGGGCGAGACGUAUGUCGCGUACGGCAUGACGCAGAAGCUCUUCCAGGCUUGCUCGAGUCAGGCGGAUUACCAGGUGCCGCAGGCGACUCAGAAGGGUGUGCCUGUACCGACUACCGAGGCGGGCGAGCAUUUGGGCGUUUCGGAUAGUUGGUGGUAUAAAGAAAUGUAUCAGUGGUUUCCUUUGGAAGCUCUCCUUCGACUCGUCUAUCGAAAAGUCACGGCUCUCUUCCCCGCUAUAAUUCACGAUCCUCCUGUACUCGACGCAGAACUUGAAUCAUUUACUAACUCGAUGUGUGUCUUCCCUCCGCCAGAACUCGGCCUCGUCCCAACAUUCUCCACCUGGUCCCAAAUCACCUUCCUGCACAUGUACCUCCUCACCGUCCGACUCCGCGCCCUGCCCAACCGCGAGAGUUUCCAAACCUACUCCCGCCACCUGAUCGACCACUUUUCCCACAACGCCGAGCACCGCAUGGACGACCUGCAUGACAUCGGCUCCCGCUCCAUCCGCAACAAGUACCUCAAGGACCUGUUCGUGCAAUGGCGCGGCAUCAUCGCGGCGUACGACGAGGGCCUGAUCAAGGGCGACGCCGUGCUCGGCGCCGCGGUGUGGAGGAACUUGUGGAAGGCGGAGGCGGUCGGGCCGGAUGGGAAGGAGCUGGAUUGGAGUCGGAUCGCGUUGGUGGUGGCUUAUAUGCGGAGGGUGACGGCGCAGUUGGGACGCAUGGAGGAGGCGGAUAUUGUGAUGGAGCUGAGUGGGGCGACGGGCCAGGAGUCGAGGAUUUUUGGAUUCUCGCCGUUAGAUCGCAAGAUGGUGGAGGGGAUGAAGUGA